AUGCUCCGCCAUCUCUUGCUUCUCGGAACUGCACUGGGCGGGGCGUAUGCGCAGACACUUCUCGAGGCUCUAUCAAAGGUCCCGGAGUUGUCGAACUUCACCACUUUCUACCGGAACAACGAAGCAUUCGCAGCUUUGUAUUUCGGCAAUACCUCGAACUAUCCUGUCACGUUUCUUGCCCCAAGUAAUAAUGCCUUUACAGCAUACUACAAUCAGCAUCAGGUCUCCUUGUUCGAUGUUAGCCCAACGGAUCUCUUACAAAUUGUGCAAUACCACACACUUGUGUCCGACUUGAGUAGAGACAACUUCACCAGCAGUGGAGGCAAAGGUAUCACAGCUCCGACCAUGCUUCGGGACUCGCUAAACAACAACCGAAGCACUGGUGUGAGCUUGGCAGCCAAAUAUGGUGGGCUUGAGAGAGCAAGGGGGCAGGUUGUAUUCAUCCAAAGUGCCGGCCAAGCAUCAUCUCCCAACCGCUUCAAACUCAUGAGUCGGCAAUCCUCACAGCCCGAGAAUGCAGGCGUACGCUCAGGUCUGGCAUCGAUCGUCAGUCUCGAGACACUAGACGCGGACCAGGGUACCUGGGAUGGAGGUCGCUUCCACAUUGUCGACGGCCUGUUGACACUGCCUACGACGUGCGAAAAGACCAUUCGCAGCGCCGGCCUCGCCAGUCUCGAUAGCGCCGUGAACCGGACAUCGCUCUGGGCGUCCGUCGAUAGCACAAAGAACAUCACCUGUCUGUGUCCUAGCAACGCAGCUUUCCAAGCCGCAGGAAAUCCGGACAUCACCCUGAACAUCUCAGCCCUUCAGGACGUACUGCUGUAUCACGCCUUGUCGGAAACCGCAUACAGCGACUUCCUGACCGACGGGCAAGAAAUCAAGACGCUACAAAACCUCACUGUUCGCGUGCGUGUCGAGGAGCGCGACGGCAACCGAACCAUCUGGUUCAACAACGCCAGAGUCAUCGAUGCAAAUGUCUUGACUCACAACGGCCUUGCGCACGUCCUCGACGCUGUCAUGGUGCCGCUGGAACAGAUGAACACGACGAACACAACGGCGUCUGGAACACCCUCUGCGACGCCUUCAUCGACUGCGACGAACACAGCAAGUUCUACAGCAGCAACCUCGAGCGCCGCUGCUCUGUUGGCGGGGAUGGUCAGGGUUGAUUGGGUGCUCUGGACUUUCGGUGCGUCUCUGCUGGCUCUGAUAUAG